UUUUUUUUUUUUUUUUUUUUUUUACUACAACUUUGUGAAAGAGCACGUUUGAUGCGAAGCCUUGGAUGUCACACUUUUUACCAUAUCAACAUGUGGCAUGGGUUUUUUGGGCUGGAUCCCACACGAACGUCCUGGAAGAAGACUUGGAGAGGAGAUCAUGAUGAUUCACACUAACUGCAUGAAGAAUUUCCUUGUGUUAAAAUGAAUGAUAAACCCAAUAAAUGGAUUUUCAUCCCGGUUUUAGCCAUUCUUUUUGUUAUGAUUGGGUACCAGUAUAUUUGUCCGGCAGGCGGUCAGGUUUGCCAUUUCAGGACAGGAGACAAACUCGUUAGGAUCGGUCCCCCACCCAUUCCAGACCCGACCACCGAUAACCUGUACCUGGAGCAGGACCCGGAGGAAGGCAGCCCACCUAAAUGUGCGUCCAAAUUCAAUUUCACAGAGCGCGAUCUGACACGCGAUGUCGAUUUCAACAUCAAGGGAGAUGACGUGAUUGUGUUUCUGCAUAUUCAGAAGACAGGCGGGACCACAUUUGGCAGGCACCUGGUCAGGAAUAUUCGCUUGGAGCAGCCGUGCGACUGCAAAGCGGGACAGAAGAAAUGCACGUGCCACCGGCCGGGAAAGCAGGAGUCCUGGCUCUUCUCGAGGUUCUCCACGGGUUGGAGUUGCGGUUUGCACGCAGACUGGACUGAACUGACCAACUGCGUGCCUGUGAUUAUGGACAAAAUGAAGUCUCCAAAGCGCAAGAGGAACUUCUACUAUAUCACCAUGCUGCGAGAUCCUGUUCCACGUUACCUGAGUGAAUGGAAGCAUGUGCAGCGUGGUGCCACCUGGAAGACUUCCCUUCACAUGUGUGACGGCCACUCGCCCACACAGGAUGAGCUGCCCACCUGUUAUAACGGAGAUGACUGGUCAGGGGUCUCCCUGCACGAGUUCAUGGACUGCCCUUCAAACCUGGCCAACAACCGGCAGGUGCGCAUGCUGGCCGAUCUCAGCCUGGUGGGCUGCUACAACCUCUCCACCAUGAACGAGAGCGAACGCAACCCCAUUCUCCUGGCCAGUGCCAAGAGUAACUUGAAGAACAUGGCCUUCUACGGCCUGACAGAGUUCCAGCGCAAGACACAGUACCUGUUCGAGCGCACUUUCCGUCUGCAGUUCAUUUCCGCCUUCACGCAGAUCAACAGCACGCGUGCCGCAAAUGUGGAGCUGCGUGACGACAUGCGCAGACGCAUUGAGCAACUCAAUUUCCUGGAUAUGCAGUUGUAUGAUUUUGCCAAGGAACUUUUCCUGCAGAGAUACCAGUUUAUUCGUCAGCGUGAGCGGCAGCAGGAGAAAUUGAAGAGGCGUGAAGAGAGACGCUGGUUCAGGGAGCGCCGAGUCAACCAGAGCAGACAGUCCAAUGUGGGAAACCAGCCUCAGGUCACCACAACUGAGGACUAUGCCAGCCAAGUGGUCCACUGGUGAUUCCUCUUGGAAACAUGCACUAGGAUACAGUGAAAUAUAAUAGCUCACUAGAGGAAGAGUAGGUCUUAUGUUCUUUCUUUCAGUUUAGCACUCUAAUAAUAAGUUUAAUAAGUUUAAAUAAUAAGAAACUCUAAUAAGUUUCUUUUAUCAUGGGGCCUGUUCCACUGCAAAAAACAUUGCCCUGAGCAGUAUUUUUUACUUAUUUCUUGGGAAAAUAAAUA